UGACAGAGGCCGGCAGAGAGGCGUUUGAUCAGCUCUAUCGACUGUGGGAAGGAGAAAUGAGGAACAUUCUGUCCACACAGACACCAUCGCCACUCCUGCCUCUGCCGCUGGACUGUCAAAGUCAGCUGGUCAAAGACGUGCUCAAUGUACUGAUUGGGGUCUCCUCCGUCACGUUUCCUCUCAACGAGGCUAGUGUGCAGUUCGAUGUCCGUCCAGAUAUAUGCGUGUCUGGGACAUCCCCAGAGAGUGUGUCCCGUCUGCUGAGUGAACUGGCACAGUACGGCACACACUACCUGCGUCUCAGCCGGUUCUCCCUCAGCGGCGGCAGUCAGAAGGGACUCGUCUUCCAGGCUUUCACUGGUGGUCUGCGGCGUUACCUGCAUUACUACAGAGCGUGUGUGUUGAGCACUCCGGCUUCUCUUAGUCUCCUCACUAUUGGCUGUCAUUUUCGCAAACUGGGCCGUCAGCUGAGGUAUCUGUCAGAACUGUGUUGUGUGGAUGGAAUCGCCGGUGUGGGACGAGCAACAUUUCCCGUGGGUGUAAAGCUGCUGUCGUGUCUGUAUAAUGAAGCUCAGAGUAACUGCAGUAAUGAGAAUCAUCCGGUGCUGCUGUCUCUGUUGAAGAGCAGCUGUGAGCCGUACACACGUUUUGUUUCAGACUGGGUGUACAGCGGCGUCUUCCGUGACGUGUAUAAAGAGUUUAUGAUUGAGGUCAAUGAAGAUUAUCUUACCUACAGAGAUAAGAACUUCUGGACGCAGGGCUACACACUUAUUUCACGGGAUGCAGAGGAUUGCGUGCCGGUGUUUCUCAAACACAUCGCCAAUGAUGUUUACGUCUGCGGGAAAACUAUUAACCUGCUGAAAAUCUGCUGUCCACAGCACUACAUCUUUUGGUCGGACAUCCCGGUGCCCAGGAUCGCUGUGACGUUUUCUCUGCAGGAAGUUGAGGAGAUUGAAAGAGACUGCGCCGUUUACCGGGGGCGAAUGGAGACUAUCUCUAGACACAGCGCCAUCAGCAGGGAGGAGCAGGCCACGCGGACUGAACAGGCCCGACAGGAGCUCAUUAACCAGGUCAGAGAGUCAGCGGCCAAAACCCUGGAGAGAAUCAGAGGCCGCCAGGUGUCGCAGCGUCUGGCAGAGGAGGCCCAGAAAAGGGAGCGAUUCAAAGAGAUGAAGCAGCAGCUGGAGCUCGACCAGGAGUGGCGUAGCACCGCAAGACGGAAGGAGCAGGAAGAUGAUUUCAGUUACGCACGAGAACUCCGAGACCGAGAGCAGAGGCUGCAGGCCCUCGAGGAGCAGCUGGAGCGCCAGGCACGGAUGGAUCUGAUCGCUCAGUACAGUCAGUUGUCAGAAGCGGCUGCGAGACGAGAGCUCAGAGCAAUGUGGAAAGUGCAGAGGAUGAAACUUGACGAGCAGAGAGUCAGUUUCCUGCAGAAAGAGCAGCACAACAUACAGGCUCUUCUGGAAAUGAAGUUUAGUUUGGGAAAGGACGACCCUCUUCUGGAAACACCUCACAUUCACCAGCCUAAACAACUACUCACUGAACAGCAGAAUCUAAGUGAACCACAAACUGGACAUCCUCCAGUGCCAGAAUCCUCUGCUUCUCCCUGCCCUCCUGCAAUAAGUCAAGCUGUAAUAUCAGAAGGAAUCGACACUGCUGACUUCCUCCCCAAGCCUCCACACAGCCCUAAAAGUGGUGCCGUGACCCAGGCACUCCAUGAUAUUGGAUCCGACCUGUUGCCGAUUUCUCAGGCACCCAACCCAAGUGUGCCACAUCCAUCAGCUUCCCACAUACAGCUCGGAGAACAUGUUUCGGAAGUCUUGGAGUCCUUCCCAUUGCCUAGUGAAUUUGGACAGGCAUCCAAUUCCAGCUUUCCGUUAGGUCAGUUCAUUCCAGAGGGGCUGGUAGGUCAACCGAAAGCUAGUGUUCAUGGACACCCUUCACAGAGCUUCGUUCAGCUGGGAGACUCCACUGCCUCGGGGCGGAUCAUGGGCCCGGUUCACUCCGAGUCAAACACUUCAACCCAGACCACUCAAGAGAGCACAUGUGAAGCAGAGAGCGAGAGCCGGUGUACAGAAAAACAAGCGACGGGAACAGAGCCCUCGGCGGCCAGCGCAGGUUCAGAGCCAAAGCAAGCCACCCAGGAGCCAGCAGAUGAAGCCAAGUCCUGCGAGAGUGUCAGCCAGACCUCUCACUGUUCUCAGCCAGAGCAAGAACAAUCUGUGUCUCCUCUCAUCAGCUUCCAUGAGUCACAGUCUGAUACUCUUAUGAGGAAUAACACCGCCGAUCAGGAUCCGGCACUGAUUGCGUCUUUGUCCUCCUCUGAUGUUCAUAGCCACGCAUCUGAUGCCAAUAUAAGGGUUGGUGAACAUGUUUCAGAGGUAGCCACUCCUCUAUUUACUUCUGAUAUACAUGGCCACAUCUCUGACGCCUAUAUUAGACUUGGCGAACACGUUUCUGAGGUAACCACUUCUCUUCCAACCCCUAAUAUCCAUGGCCAUGCCUCUGACACCCAUACAAGGGUUGGACAAAACAUUUCUGAAGUGACGACUUCCAUCCCCACCCCUAAUAUUCAUGGCCACGCCUCUGACGCCCAUAAAAGGGUUGGUGAACACAUUUCUGAGGUAACAACUCCCAUUCCUACUGCUAACAUUCAUGGCCACGCCUCUGACGCCCAUAUAAGGGUUGGCGAACAUGUUUCUGAAGUAACCACUCAUAUUCCUACUGCUAACAUCCAUGGCCACGCCUCUGAUGCCCAUAUAAGGGUUGGCGAACACGUUUCUGAGGUGACCACUCAUGUUCCCACUGCUAACAUCCAUGGCCACGCCUCUGACGCCCAUAUAAGGGUUGGCGAACACGUUUCUGAGGUGACCACUCAUAUUCCUACUGCUAACAUCCAUGGCCACGCCUCUGACGCCCAUAUUAGGGUUGGCGAACACGUUUCUGAGGUAGCCACGCAUAUUCCUACUGCUAACAUCCAUGGCCACGCCUCUGACGCCCAUAUUAGGCUUGGCGAACACGUUUCUGAGGUGACCACUCAUAUUCCUACUGCUAACAUCCAUGGCCACGCCUCUGACGCCCAUAUUAGGGUUGGCGAACACGUUUCUGAGGUGACCACUCAUAUUCCUACUGCUAACAUCCAUGGUCACGCCUCUGACGCCCAUAUAAGGGUUGGUGAACACGUUUCUGAGGUAACCACAACCACUCCUACUGCUAAUAUUCAUGGCCACGCCUCUGACGCCCAUAUAAGGGUGGGUGAGUUUGUAUCAGAUGUCGCCUCCUCUCGUCCACGUUGGAGUAAAUACGGUCACUCUUCUGACAGCACCCUUAAAAUGGGUUGCGUAAUACCCAAUGCCACCCAUAUGCCCACUCUUUUGCCUGGCAGUGCUUUUGGGCAUGCGUCUGACUCCACACUAACAGCAGGAUGUGUUGUGUCAGGCGUGAACCCACAGCCAUCUCCAAUACCCGGCAGUGAAUAUGGACAUUCCUCUCAGUCCAGCUUGGGAAUUGGGUGUGUGGUCAGUGGGAUUGAGAGCACUCGACCCAGCUCUCUUUACAGCAGUGCCUACGGGCAUUCAUCAGACUCAGCGCUGGGCAUGGGAUGUGUGGUUGGCGGGAUGGUGCCAGGGAGUUUGUAUGGUGACCAACAACCAGCCAAUUCUGAAAAAGCAUCACAAGACACAGAAAACCCAGCAGAUAUCGACACCCAUGCGCCCCCUACUGAUCUCUUCAGUCUGGAUGAGGGUCUGGCUGCAUGGGCUCUGGGCUUGGGUUUGUCUCCUCGUGAGAGUCCAGAAGACCACUAUCUGCUCAGCCUGGCCUGCCAGUAUCAGGUGGAGCACUACCAGGACUCAUACAGCCUGAUGACUGCAGCUCCAGACUCUGAGCCUCUGCUUCAGGUCACUCGGGGCCCGAAUGGUCUGUCCAUGGAACCGUCUCUUCAUCACGCCACUGAUGCCACCGCAGUACAGCAGAGUGAGAUGAUGCCGCUGCCGGUGCUAAUGAAACACUCCGUCACCACACCACUCAUUACACACGUGUCUAUGGUCAAUAAGGCUGUGGUGGAUUAUUUCUUCGUGGAGUUGGCUGUGGAGAAGCAUUUCCAGACUCUCCGGCACUUCCUGCUGAUGGAGGACGGGGAGUUUGCUCUUUCUCUCAGCGAUCAGCUCUUUGAAAAGCUGGGCAGUGGACAGACCCCCGGUGAGCUGCUGACGCCGCUGGUGUUGAACUCUAUCCUCAAUAAGGCUCUUCAGUACAGUGUUCACGGAGACAGUGAACUGGCGGCUCACUUCACGUUUGCUCUGAGAUACCUUCCAGAAAUCUUCCAUCCGCACGCGCCAGACUCUCUCAAUUGCCUCGAGCUGCGGUACAAGGUGGACUGGCCGGUCAAUAUCGUCAUCACGGAGAGCUGUCUGAACAAAUACAACAGACUCUUCUCCUUCCUGCUGCAGCUCAAACACAUGGUCUGGACUCUCCGAGACGUCUGGUUUCACCUCAAGCGCACCGCUCUGGUUAAAGGUGCGGGUCGCUCGGCUCAGUUCCACCAGCUCCAGCUCUACAGACACGAGAUGCAGCACUUCGUGAAGGUGAUCCAGGGCUACAUCGCCAACCAGAUCCUGCAGGUGUCCUGGAGCGAGUUCACACACAAGCUAAGCAGUGCCAGCGACCUGGACGCCAUUCACCGCACACACGCAGAAUACCUCAACAGAGCCAUUUUCAGAGGUCUGCUGACGGAGAAAGCGGCCCCCGUCAUGAACAUCAUCCACAGCAUCUUCAGCCUCAUCCUGAAGUUUCGUGGUCAGCUGGUGGCGCAGCGCUGGGAGCUCCAGCAGGGGGAGCCGGUGCAUCCGGGUUUCAUCGCCAUGCAGCAGUCCUACAACACCUUCAAAUACUACUCGCGCUUUCUGUUCAAAGUGGUGUCCAAACUGGUGGACAAAGGCUAUCAGCCACAUCUGGAGGACUUUCUGCUGCGCAUCAACCUUAACAACUACUAUAAAGACUCCUGAUCUUCCUCAUGUGAGUCAAAGAUCAACCAACAAUCAACUCAAAUCUGUAUUGUUCAGUAUUAUUGUGGUGUGUGAUGUAAAAUAAAAUAUUUAAUUUUCA